GUCUCAAACAUUCCAUGGCAGGACGAUUUCACGGGCAUGCCGGCUACCUGGAGCACUAGUAUAGCACCAGUGGAGUGGAUUGCAAGGGCUUUCUGGUAAAAUCAACUGCCACUCUGCCAGUUUAUAUCGUAUAAAGAUCCGGUUCCACAAUCCACACUACCAGCAGCACCAGCACCAAGCACGAGCCCCUCUGCCAUGCUCACUCCCCUCUUCUCAGCGGCCAUCAUGGAGCCCCAGCGCGGCGAGAGGGAGCUCCAGCUUUUCCUCCUCCCCACAACCACGCCUCUCGACGCCGCCUUCCACGCCCCUCGGCCGCCUGCGAGCUCCUCCGACGACCACCCGCAGCUGGACCUGAACCUAUCCAUCAGCAUUGGACCACCGCCUGUACCCCAGUCACCAGCAGCCGCCGCCGCCGACCAGAUCAAGAAGGCGGCAGCGGGCGCCGCGGACGUGCAGGCGCUGAAGCGGCAGACGGCGGAGCAGGCCCGGAUGGCGUCGGCGGAGCGGGCGUACGCGGAGCGCGUGAUGGAGCUGGCGCGGCGGGAGCUGGAGCUCGCGGAGCGGGAGUUCGCGCGGGCGCGGGCCAUCUGGGAGCGCGCCCGCGGCGAGGUGGACAAGGUGGAGCGCGUCAAGGCGAUGGCCGCGCGCCGGAUCGCCGCCGGAUCCGCCGCGGCGCUCGAGAUCACCUGCCACGCCUGCAUGCAGCGCUUCCACGCUUAAACCACCGCCAUAUGGAUGUUCUUCAUGGCUACCUUAACUAUUAUAUUAGCUGCUAAUUAAGGGCUUUGUUUAUGAGUGUUUUUGCGUCAGUUAAUUCAGGCCUCGAUCGCAUCAUCGAUCAUCUGUUAGCGAUUCAGUGGAAAAGGGGAAGGACAGGAGCAGAUCAAUGUUCUUCGUUCUCUUGCUUUUCUUGUAGAAUACAGCACCGUUUCCAGCCUAAAAGGAGAGGGAAAGGGAAUCUAGCCAGCAGUUUAGCUUUAGCUAGUGGUGCGCAAUUUGGAUAAGCUGGCCUCCUCACGGUUGCGUUAAUUAGUUGGCCUUCUUUAAUUUGUGCAACACAUGCAUGUUUCUGGGACCUCUGACAACAAAGGAUUCAGGACAGUUUGUAAUUCAGGAAUUCUGUCUAAAGUUUAUAUGAAACAGUUAAAAUCCAA